AUACAUAUUUUUGCUAAACACAAAUUAAAACCUAGAGGAUAUUUCGGCUUAAGGCCUUAAAUGUGGACUCCUUUGACGCUUCUCCUACCUUUCCAGCACUUGAGUUGGUCGAUCAUGGAGUUCAAUCCUGAAUACUUCUUUGCUCUAAUUCCGAAGGAGUAACUGUAACUUGUCCAUCUUUCAACUUAAGAAGAAUUAGCGGCUUGUGAAAAUUGAUCUCUGACUUAAUAGGCUAGUGUUGCUGCAACCGAUGGAGUUGAGCGAUAGUGAAAGAGUUGAUGUUGAAAAGGAUAGAGAAGAUAGAAUCAGCACUCUGCCAAGAAACGUUAUAGAUGGUAUUCUUGAACUCCUGCCGGUAGAAGAUGCGGCAAGAACUAGUAUUCUAUCAAACAAUUGGAGAUAUAUCUGGGCCAUGCUUCCUAAUUUGGUGCUGAAUAAGCUCUUUUGCAAUAAAUUAGCAGCAAGAUCUCAAUAUGUCUUCAAAGACACGAUAGAUAAGAUUCUGUUACAGCAUUCUGGAGACAUAGUGAAGUUUGUCCUUGAUGUUUCAGCAAUAGUUUUAUUUCCCUAUCCAGAUAUUGAUAGAUGGAUGAUUUAUGUUACUAGAAACGGUGUCAAGGAGCUAACCCUUAAGUCAAAUUAUACUACUUAUAAUGUGCCUUCUUAUGUAUUUAAUUGUCCAACACUGACACAUUUGGAACUCUUAAACUGUGUCUUCAAACCACCAAUUUCUUUUCUUGGCUUUCCGAAUCUUGUAACACUUCGUCUGGAAAAAAUAACCUUUGUGCCAACUCCAGAGUUUUGUGUUAUCAAUGCGCCCCUUCUUGUCAAUUUGACCUUUAUGUACUGUAACAGUACUAAAUAUUUGAACAUUGUUUCAUCACGGUUGAAUUCCUUGGUUGUUCGUGAGAGUCACUAUGAUAUUGAACUAAGUUGCUUUAUGAACUGCAAAAAUUUGGCAGCUUUAUACCUUGCGACUAAUAAUCCAAUAUCUGCUGAAAGAUCAAAAUUGGAAAAGCUUCUUCUUAGCUUGCCUAUACUUCAGGUGCUUACUUUGUGUUCAUUUUUCCUUGAGCUUUUGAGUGCAGGUGCAGUUCCACAAGAGCUUCCUUUUACACUCAACUGCUUGUGGAAUCUAAUUUUAGGUGUAAACAUCGGCCAAAUGGGUCAGAUUUCUUACACUCUCGAGUUGAUUAAGAGCUCCCCCAAUUUGAGUAAACUUGAGAUUUGGGUCAAUGCUACCAGUGUCACUGUUGAAGCAGUUUCGGAAUAUCUAGACACAGCUGACUGCUUGAACCAACCACUUAACAAGCUCAAAUAUGUGGUCAUACAUUUGUUUAAGGGUUCAAAAACUGAGCUGUUUUUCGUAAAGCUAUUGUUUGCUCGUUGUCCAUCUUUGAAAAGUAUGAGCAUUAAGCAAGCAAAAGCCUCUGGUUCCAAGGAAGAAAGAAAUAUUGUCAUAGAAUUGGCGCGUUUCCCUAGAGCAUCUCCCGAGGCAGAGCUACUGUAUUUUCCAUGCUCGGAUUAGGAUUUUAUGUCAGUCAUCUGUGAUUAUGGCAGGGACGUCUGUUGACUAAUCAAUUAAAAAUUGAUGAAGUAUUCUUUAUUUAGUACAUGCUUUAUAUCUGAUCUUAUUUAUGUAUAAUAUACAUUACGUUAGGUAUCUUUAAUUAAACUUUUCUGUAUAA